GGAUUGCCUCCAUGGAUAAAACAACAAAUAAAUAAAUUAUAUUAGAUAUAUAUGAAAUCAAACAAAAAUAAAAACAGCGGCUGCGAGGAGUUUGUUUCUGUUUUUUGUGUGUGUUUGUUGGUUUUUUUUUUUUCGGUUGAAGUGAAAGCGUGUGAAAAGUAGCCGCCACCUUAGGCUCAAGGUGGAAGACCUCUCUCUCGCUGGUGUCGCCCUCUGGUGAGAGAGUGAGCAGAAUACCCGAUAUACCAUGUAAGAUAUAGUUUCCAUAUCCUGUAUUGUUGUGGCCGAAAAAUACAAAAAAAAAAACCCACCAAAAACUUCCGGUCAAUAUGAAACCACAGUUGUUGCAUCUCGGCAUUGGCCGUCAGUUCCACUUCAGACCUCACAGAGUAAAGACGUGCAACUACUUUCGUUUAUCCAAACCAUCAGCUUCAAGUGCUUAUCAGCAAUAUUUUGCACAAACAAACAAGUGUUCAAAAGAGAUACAAAAACCAACAACAAAUAACGAUCACGCGAUCAUAAAACUAAGAACAGGGGCGCGCCCCACCAAACCAAAAUGCUGCCACCAGAUAAAAACAAGCUUUUUUCCAAAAACGCAACCAUAGAACAAAAAUAUAUAGUUAUCAAAAGAAAAGACAAUAUAUCCCUAGAACACACCAACCCUUUCAUUAUUAAAAAAUCAAUUGACUACACCUGCGGAGGUGAAGUCGAUAAGUGUAAAACAACAAGAGCUGGCACACUCCUAGUCCUCACAAAAAAUACUCAACAAGCCGAAAAAUUAUUAAAAAUUACAAAAAUUGGCACAAUAGACGUAGAAGCAAAGGAACACAAAUCCCUUAAUGAAACCAAAGGAGUAAUCUAUUGCAAUCUACUCAGUAAGAAAACACUAUGAGCACGCCCAUGAAUCUUUAUCGGGUGGCCAGUGGGGCAGGUGCCUCGCCAGCCACGCCCACCAACGCCUACCACUUGAACGGCCAAGCCACAAAGCCCUUCGCCAUCGGCUCCAUCCAAAAUAGUUCGGAGAGAAAGAGAAUUUUGGAGCUACUGAGGGCCCCCAACAAUCUGACAUCGCCCACUCUGGAGCCCUCCUCCAAGGGUCUGCUCAAUGGACCCGGACAGAAUAAUUGUUUCCUCAACUGCGCCGUACAGGUCUUGUGGCACCUGGACGCCUUUAGACGAUCGUUCCGAGGCCUCAACCAGCACGUAUGCGGCGGCCAAGACUGCAUCUUCUGCGCUCUAAAGGAACUCUUCCAGCAGCUGCAAACCUCUUCGGAACCAGCCCUAUGCCCGGAGCCACUGCGUCGUGCUCUGGCCAGUGGUCCUUUGGCAGGACGCAGGUUCCCCCUGGGCUGUCUCGGUGAUGCCGCCGAGUGCUUCGAGCUGCUCCUGCAUCGCGUCCACUCGCACAUCUCCCAGGACGAUGGCGACUCCUGCGAGUCCGCCGCCUGCAUCGCCCAUCGACGGUUCGCCAUGCGGGUGAUCGAGCAGAGUGUCUGCAAGUGUGGAGCCAACUCUGAGCAACUGCCUUUUACUCAGAUGGUGCACUACGUCUCUGCCUCGGCCCUGACCUCCCAGAAGAGUCUGGCGCUCCAAAACCACCAGCAACUGAGCUUCGGCCAGCUCCUGAGGGCGGCUGGUAAUAUGGGUGAUAUCCGAGAUUGUCCGAACACCUGUGGGGCAAAGAUCGGCAUCUGCCGGGCACUUCUCAACCGCCCGGAUGUGGUCUCCAUUGGCAUUGUCUGGGACUCGGAGCGACCUGCUGCCGAUCAGGUCCAUGCCGUCCUGAAGGCCGUCGGGACCAGUCUGAGACUGGGGGAUGUCUUCCACCAGGUCAGCGAACAGCGGUGGGCCCAGCAGACCCAGCACGAGCUGGUGGGGAUCGUCUCCUACUACGGCAAGCACUACACCACCUUCUUCUUCCACACCAAGCUGAAGGUGUGGGUCUACUUCGACGACGCCAAUGUCAAGGAGGUGGGUCCCAGCUGGGAGGGCGUCGUGGACAAGUGCAGUCGCGGCAGGUAUCAGCCCUUGUUGCUCCUCUACGCCGUUCCCCAACAGCCCUCGAUGAGUUCGACACUGGAGGUGUCCAAUCCGGUGACCCGAAGGGCAGUGACCCCCAGCCCGGAGAAGCCCAGUCUGGGGAACACCCGGAGGGCCAUCACCCCCACGCCGCUGAGGUCGCCCGUCAACGAUUACCAGAACCUGAGUGUCAUCCAGAAGAACAUCUUCCCAGGAGGAGAUGAAACGGACGCCUACAUCAGUCGGAAGACCGUGGAGCACGUCCUGAGUGCCCAGUACCAGAAUCUGAGCGUCAUCCAGGACAAGAUCCAGGGACAGGGACCAGCUGUCCCCCAGAACGGGGACAAGGAUGGGGGCUUCCUCAACCGGAAGCCCAUCGAGGCAGUGCUGAGCGCCCAGCUGGCGAGGAGGCAGCACCUCCAGCUCCAGAGGAGCCACAGCGCCGAGUCCAGCUCCGGACACGGGUCCAGUUCCAAUGGCAGUUCCCCGCCCAGCGACGGACUCACCAUGCCGGAGCAUCUGAACCAGCCGAGACGCAGGGAUUCCGGGAACUGGUCCGGGGACAGGAACAGCGCCAGCUCCGCCAGUUCCACCACCCUGGACAACCCCUAUCUGUACAUGGUGGCCAAGAGGGGCGUGGUCGGGGCAGUGCCUCAGAGUCCCACGCGACAUGGUCUGCCCUACGAUCCGGGCUAUGACUCCUUCUCGCUGAGCUCCACGGACUCGUAUCCGCCGAAGCACGCCCUCAAUCCCCAGCUGGCCAAGAUCCCGGAGGCGGCCAAUGGCGGCCCGGGGAUGAGCCACGGUGGCAUGACCCUGUCCGGGGACUGCGAGAAGCUAUGCCACGAGGCGGACCAGCUGCUGGAGAAGUCCCGGCUGGUGGAGGAGUCGCAUGACCUGGAGACCGCCUUGGUGCUCUGUAACGCAGCCGCCGGGAGGGCGAGGGCGGCCAUGGACGCCCCCUACAGUAAUCCGCACACCAUGACCUUUGCCCGGAUGAAGCACAACACGUGCGUGAUGAGGGCCAGGAGUCUCCAUAGACGGAUCCUGGUGGAGAAGGGCGCCGAAACGGAGGCCAUGCCGGAGCUGAAGCACAUGCGGGAGGGCAGCACCUCCAGUGUCGUGAAGCAUGUGCGCCAGAACAGCAAGGACCGGACUCUGGAGAAGGAGCAGCUCUUCCAGCAGCAGCAGCAACAGCUCCAGCAACAGCAGCAGCAGCAGUCCAUCCCGGCCAGCAUCGAGAUCUAUGCCACGCUGCCCAAGCGGAAGAGUCCGCUGAAGGCCCUGGCCACCGCCUCGGCGGUCUGUGACGACAAUGCCAUCGAGUACGAGCAGGAGAAGCCGGUGGCCGCCAAGCCGGAGCGAGAGAGCCGAUCCCUCUUCGGUCGCAAGGAUAAGGACAAGGACAAGGAGAAGGAGAAGCGCAGCCGGAGCGAGGAUCGCAACAAGCUGACCAGGGAGUUCUCCCUCACGGAGACACUUCUGGUGAACGCCAAGGACACGCUGAAGAAGCACAAGGAGGACAAGGACGAGAAGAAGGAGAAGGACAAGAGCGGCAAGAAGCAGCACAAGAUCAGGCGGAAGCUCCUGAUGGGCGGACUCAUCCGGCGAAAGAACCGCUCCAUGCCGGACCUCACCGAGGCGGUGGACGAUGUCGCCAACAGCAACAUGUCGAUGAACCACCACCACGCCCACCACUACCCCAACCAGACGCCGGCCAGCCUCCUGGGCAGCUCCGUGGACGACAGUGCCGUGGGUCUGGGCAAGCACGGGGUCAGCAUGAGUGGCUACAUCUCCGAGGGACACUUCGACUGCUCCACCUCCGCGGGCAGCUCCGGUGCCAGUGGCAGCAACCCGAAUCCGAAUCUAGAGCGGAGCAAGCUGAUGCGGAAGAGCUUCCAUGGAAGUGGCAGGCAACUGACCAUGGUGCCCAAGGUGGCGCCACCGCCGCCCAUGCGGACCAGCUCCACCCUGACACCCCAGCAGCAGCAGCAGCAGUUCCACCACGAGGCCAACCUCUCCAAUCUGUCAGCGAUGAGCUCCAACACCUCGAUCAGCGAGGACUCCUGCCAGACCAUCAUCACCACCUGCGCCCAGGUCCACUCCGAGCAGAGUCCUCUGAAGGACAUGCAGAUGCUGGGUGCCGGCGAUGAGCUUCCCCUGCCCCUGCCACCCAUGGAACUGCCACCGUAUCCGAGUCCACCCCACUCCGUCUGCCAUUCGCGGCAGGCUAGCGAGGAUUUCCCGCCACCACCACCCCCGGAACUGGACCUGGAGCCACUCAACCAGCAGCUGAGCCAGCUGCAGGCACUGGAGGCGGCCAGCAAACAGCAGCGCCAGCAACUGGACUCCCUGGAGGGCACCACCAGCAUCCUGGCGCAGCUGCAGCAGCGCCAGCAUCUCCUCAAGAUGCGCAAGGACAGUACCCAGGCGCCGCAGGAUCCCAACUGGCUGAAGCAGGCCAACGAUCUGAGGGCCAUGCAGCGGAAGCUGGAGGCCUCCUCGCCCAGCAGCGUCCGGGAUCUGGCCAACCGCUUCGAGCAGACCUCCAUCCGGUCGUACGCCUCCCAGGAGCUCCUCUCCCAGCCGAAUCCGAGCGGGGGGCAGCAAGUGGGCCCACAGCUGCGCACCCAGAUGAACGGCCUGCCCAGCUCCAAGCUGGACGUGGACGAGGUGGACUGCAUGCCGGCCAGUAGGUCGGCCACUCUGCCCCAUCACCAGCUCCUGCCCAAGCCCAAGUACGAGAUGAGCCAGUCCCAGAUCGCCGAGGAGAUCCGCGAGGUGGAGCUCCUCAACACCAUGGUCCAGCAGACUCUCAACCAGAACCAGGGCCCUGUUCCGGGACAGAAGCGGGUGAAGAAGAAGAGUGUCUCCUUCUGCGACCAGGUGAUCCUGGUGGCCACGGCCGGCAACGAGGAGGACGACGACUUCAUCCCGAAUCCCAUCCUGGAGCGUGUCCUGCGAACGGCCCAGCAUCCGAACGAGAAGGUGACGGCUCAGAUGAUCCAACAGCAGCAGCAGAACAUCCUGAGGUUGCAGACAGAGGCGCAGCCAAGGCAGCAGCAGCAGCAGCAGUUGCAGCAGCAACACUUGCAACAGCAACAGAUGCAGCAGCAGCAGCAACUGCAGCAACAGCAACAGCAACUGCAACAGCAGCAGCAGCAACUGCAGCAACAGCAACAACCUUCUCCCAUGCUGGGCCGACCUGCUGCAGUUGCCACCGACAUGCAACGCUAUGUGCAACGCAUGCAACACCAGCAGCAGCAGCAACAGCAGCAGCAGCAACAGCAACAGCAACAGAAUCGCACCAGCAUGAGUGGCAUUGCCACGCAGCAGCACUUGCCACAAAUGGAUGCACAGUACACGAGCAUGCCGCGGCCGCUGCACCAUCAGCAGAUGAUGCUGAACCAGAGCUACUCGGUGCAACUGCAGAAGCACCAGCAGCAGAUGCAGCAACAACAACAGCAGCAGCAGCAGCAACAGCAGCCGCAGAUGCAACAGCAACAGCAGCAACUCAAUAUGAGUUACUUCAGCAAUGGGAGUGUGGGCGUGGCAGAACAAAUGCCACUGCCCUCGCCCUAUCAGCGAGUGCCCCUGCCACAUGGCUACCAAGGACAAGGCUACUACCCGCAGCAGCAGCAGCAGCAACAGCAACAGCCACAGCAGCAACAGUUGCAGCAGCAGCAGCAGCAGCAGCAGUUGCAACAGCAACAACAGAUGCAACAGCAGCAGCAACAGAUGAAGAAGAAAGUCAGUUUCGAGCCAGGAACCAAGGGAGAAGCUGACUGCCUGCCACCGCCACCUCCGCCGCCGCAGAAGAACGGUCUCCCGGAGACGGGAGGAGGUUCUGGAGGACCUAGUGGUGUUGCCCCAGGACUCUCUAGUGGCGCCACCACCGCCAUACCCACCCGCGUCUACAACAAUGCCAUCGUCAAGGCCUCGGCCAAGGCGGUGGAGUGCAAUCUGUGCCGCAAGAGGCAUGUGAUCGCGCCGGCCGUCUAUUGCACCAACUGCGAUUACUACCUACAGAUGCUGAAUCAGCGUCGGUGAUCCUGAAUCCUUGAUCCUUUUUAUCCCCAAAAGCCCAAAAAAAAAAACCAAUCCAAAUCUCUAGUGCAACUUUUCUAGCCGUACAAGGAAACCGAUAAUCUCAUGCAAGCCAUGCUGCCACAUCGCCACAUAAGGACAUAACCGAAGGAUGUAAAUAGGAGGAGGAGGAGGAGGAGUAGGAGUAGGAAGACACCACGCCAGGAUAAAGGACCCCAAAGGCCAAAGGAUCAUCAGGAGGAGGAGGAGGAGAAUGAGCUGGAGACCCACUAACACACGUCCUUCUAUGGUUCGACAUGAGAAGCCACCGCUGUGCCAACUAACCACCAUCCACCUAACCAUCAUCACUCCAUUUUCGAGGAUCGAUCCACAAGGACAUCAAGGACCUCACUCGAAUAUCACAAUAUCAAAAUAAUGCAUUCCCUUUACCGCCUUUAGCCUGGCCACCCUGCCCCUCCCACACACACACACACAUCUUAUUUUUAUCCAAUUUUUUUAUUGCUUAUUUUUACAUAUUAUUUUUAAUUUUUUUUAUUUUUUAUACAUUAUCUUAAUUUUAAAUGAAAAUCCAUUUUUUUUGUGAGCCAGAAGUUUGAAACUCAGUCGCUGAGCUUCCUUUUUGUGAGUUGUUGUCCAACGACACUUGCUUUCCAUAAAAUUUUUUAUUUUUUUUUUUCUUAAAUUACAUUUAUUUUUUAAGCUAUAGCAUUUAUUUUUAAUCCGUUUUUUUUUAAAUGUACAAUUUUUGUACUUAAUUAGUUUUAAGCCAUUCGAGUGUACUCCAUUGUGUCUUAUGCAUUUAAAACAAUUCCGUGUAUUUAUAGUGUUUAUAUUAAUUUUUACAUAUUUUUUAUACGAUUAUACAUAUAUAUAUAUAUAUUUUUAUAAUGAUUUUUUUUCCAAAAAAUAAGAAACAAAAAGAUUUCUCUUUGCAGAACACCAGAAACGAGAAAAAGAGAUGUCAAGCAUCCACAAAAAACGGUAAACAACUAUUUUUUCUAAAUAAAUAAAUAAAAUACAAAAAAUAA